AUGGUUACAAGCAGAGAGCGAUGUACCAACAUGACCAUCAUCGAGCACAAGGAGUAUGAGGACGCCUACCCUGGGGACAUCACAGACACCAUGGGAUGUACCAGCGUUCGAGAAGAGGGCAAGGAAUCCUGCCAGGGUGAUUCUGGGGGCCCACUGGUCUAUAAUGGGUCUCUUCAAGGCAUCACCUCCUGGGGCCAGGAUCCAUGUGCUGUCAGCAGAAAGCCCAGGGUUUACACAAAGCUGAGGAAACUGAGGCACAGAGAAACGAAGUCACCCGUUCACGAUCACAGAGCCAGCAAGUAGAAGAGCAAGGAAUCUGAAGCAAGGUGAUUUCUUAACGGACAAGCAAUACUACCUUGAUUAAGGCUCUAUUCCCUGGGACUUCCCUGGUGGCGCAGUGGUUAAGAAUCUGUCUGCCAAUGCAGGGGGUAUGGAUUCAAGCCUGGGUUCGAGCCCUGGUGUAAUGAGGACCCAACGCAGCCAAAAAUAAAUAAUU